AUGGAGAACUUAACCCUGUCCACCAACUAUUCAGAAUGUUACUCGGCUGACAACGUAUCCAGGCGGAGGCCAUUUCUCGUCUUCUACGGGGCUGUCAUCGUAACUGCCAUCCCGUCCAACGCCUUCUUCCUCUACGUGUCCUGGCAGCACAUCAGACAGAAGAACGAGCUUGGCGUGUACAUGUUCAACCUGGCGCUGAGUGACCUGACCUUCACCAUUGGUCUUUCUCUGUGGCUGGACUUCCUGUGGCGAGGAGUUUGGACAUUUGGAGGCAAUAUUUGUGUGCUGUCUGUCUUUGUUCUCUUCACCAACUUCUACACCAGCGAGGCUCUCCUCUGCUGCAUUGCUGUUGACCGCUACCUGGCGGUGGUUCACCCGUUGAAGUACACGUACCUGAGGAAAGUUGCAACUGCUGCAGGCGUCACUGUCGCCAUAUGGGUGUUGGUGGCCUGUUUCAACGCCGCCACCAUCACCCUGGAAGACUCGUACCAUGAAAGCAAUGCAUUUGCAGUGUGCUUUGAUGUCUUCAUUCCAUUGUCAGAGCACCAUUCUCGUGCCAAUAUAGUGCGUUUCUUCUUGGGGUUUGUAAUUCCUGUUCUGCUGGUGUGUUUUUCCACCUGGGGGAUUUGUGUGGAGGUGAAAUCCAACCAAGCCACAGAGAAGCAGGAACGCAAACGGAUUACAAAACUUUUGAGAAUAGUUCUGCUCUGCCUUGUGUUUUGCUUUGGACCGAUCCAUGUCAUGAUGCUUCUCCGUACAAUGGUGGAGGACUGCACAAGUUUUGCAUGGGUUAUCUAUCUCUACAAGAUCAGUACUGCUAUCUCAAGCCUCAAUUGCCUUGCAGAUCCGCUCCUCUACUGCUUCAUUACUAGAACAGGGCAGGCGAAUGUCAGUCAGAUUAUUCUCUUCUUCCGGAGAAAGAAAUGA